CUUAUACUGAGGGAUGAUCUUAUGAUGCUUAAUAUUAUAUAUAUUAAGCUUUGUGACUACAUAUUGUCAUCAAAAACUUAAAGAGAGGUUUUUAAAGCCACAACAAAGAAGAGGAAAUCACAAUAUGCCCCUCAUCAACAAAGAGAUUAGGAUAAAAGAGCAAAAAAUUGAGGAAGAAAAGCCGAUCAUAACUAUCCAUCCCACUGAAGCUAAAUCUGAUAUACAAAAUAGUUUUCCAAGGAACCCAUCUUCUUUCUGAAAGAGAAAUAAGGAGUUCCCAGCUGUAAAGUCUAAUUCCUUAAAGGAUGAGCCUGCAGUGCCACUGAAAAGGAUACCUAGCUUGGAAGAUGUCAACCACAAGAUGAUGACUAAGGUGUUAGGCAAUCUGUCACAAAAGGAUUAUGAACGGGUGUGGCAAGGCUGGGCUAAAAAUUCACACCUCGGCCAAUCUUUUGACGAGCAGCUCAAUCUUUCCUUAGUGAAGGUUAGUAACAGAGAUGAAGGAUGUAACUCAUUAAAGUCUCUUAAUGCAAAGAGAGGGGCUUAUGAACCUGGUGAAGAGUUCUUCUCUGAUGAUGAAGAACCUAGUCAAAGGAACCAUGAUGAAGAAGAUAGAAAGAGGGUUCUCAAGUUCAUCCAAAGUUAUGAAAAUAGGUUUUCAAGUUUGUGAUUAUGGCUAGGCCACUCUAUAUGAGGACUUAUUCCCAUAAUGUUAUCUGCAAAUGGUUAUCUGAGCAUCUUCAUUGCAGUACCACUAAAUAGCCUCUUUAUGAGUUUCAUGUUCUCAAAAUUCAUAUAUUAUCAAGGAUGUAGAUUUAUGAGAAGAGAAGGAAUUAAUCUGGAAGAUCUCCUAGAGUCAGAUACACAGGAUCCAUCAAAGCUUAGAUCCAAAUCUUUGAAAUCCAGAAAACAGAACUCCUUUCCAAUUCAAAAGGAUCUUGAUCUUUUAGGAAGAAAGUCAAUGUCAAGACCUCUCCAGAAUGGUGAUUACUUCCUAUUAGAAGAGGAAGAUGUAGUCAUAGUGUCAAAGAAUAAAAACUGGUCUGUCUUAAAGCAAGUAUUUACCCUCAUAUAUAGUUGGAUAUAUACUGGAGAUUAUCGUGAAGUAGUCAAAACGUACAUCAUAAACUGCACAACGAGGUUCACUAUUGGACUAAUCUUAGUCCUAUUGUACUGUCUAGCCACUCCUUUCUUACUGAUUAUCUACGAACUCGAGUUGGAACUGAAUCAUUAAGGCAAAAUAGGGGUCUAAAUCUCGGCAUAAAAUCCUUCAAUCCUC